AUCUAUGCUCACUAUCAGAGAAAUUAUUAUCUCACAUUUUAAGCGUUAGCGUUUAGUUCACGGCUUCCAGCAAUUUGGAAGCUAGCUAGUGUUGAUAGAAAUGGAAAUCUCGAUCAAGUGUUUCAUUGGAUGUCCAAAAAAUGGUACUGAUGAAUUGGAGAAAGAAGAUGUGGUAGAAAAACUUCUUCAGGAUUGGAAACCUCCAGAGGUCCCUCUUUAUGAUGUUUAUCACAAGAAAGGAAUUUCUUUUCUGUCUAAUGUUUUCCAUAAGAAGGGAACUUUUGAAUCCAAAUCAGGUCGCUAUGCGAUCAAAACCCUAGAAAAAACGGUGUCAAUCCAAAAUAAAGGCCAAGUUGAGCUUCAAUUGCAUGCAAGCCAUACCAUCCAACAGCACAAGAUGAGCUACGACUACCUCCAUACGGGGUUAGUACAAGUGGGUGUGAAGCCUUUAACUAGAAAUGGUUUGAAUACAUCUGUGUUGGUUUUUCUUCGCGACGGUGGAUUUCUUAGGUUCAAAGACUCUAUAUUAGCCACCAUGGAGACCUCUCUCAAUGAUGGACCAGUUUAUUUCAAUUGUUAUCCAAACUAUCCAGUGUCAUUAAAUGACGCCUUAAAAACUUGGAAACUGUAUGUUAGAACUCAAAAUGGGGAUGAUGAAGAUAAUAAUCAGGAGGGCUCAAAAGAUACGGCUAUUGUUUAUAGGGUUUAUUACAAAGUAAUGAAAUCAGCUUUUAGUCGGGGCUCAAAAGUGUCACACACAAUUGGGGAAACAACUUUCAUACAGACGAAUCUACUCAAGGAUAACGUUGCUGUGGCGAAAACCGUUGAAUGGGAUUUAUUGCAAGUCCCGAAUGAGGUGUACGCAGACUUGAACAUGAAGCCGAGCUAGCUACUAUAUAUGCAUUUAUCAAUCCUGCAGGCGUGGCUUAAUGUCUUGGUGAGAGGAAGCUAGCUAGGGUAAAGAUAGAGUUGCUCUAUGUCAAGGAAUUAAGCUAGUAUUUCUUGGCAAUUAGCAGAAAUGGUAUUGGUGUGGGUUGGAUGGCUUGGUUUUCUUAGUCUUUUUAUCGAUGUCUAUUAUGUUUUGUGAGUGCAUUUAUUAUUAUUAUUAUUUUUCUUUUUUCUUUUUUAAUCAGUUUUGUAUAUUUGCUUGAUCUAAUUUUCGCUAUGUAGUUUUGUCGUGGUUGGCUUGUUGUGGUCGUC